GUAUGACGUCAUUGCCUGCGGAAGUGUAUGACGGCCAUUGAAGAUAAUAGGUUUGGAUAGGUAAUUUUCUUUUCUUUUGGACGACACAUUUCAUAAAGGAUGAGAGAGUACAAAAUUGUUGUUCUUGGAAGUGGUGGUGUUGGAAAGAGUGCCCUGACUGUUCAGUUUGUCCAGGGCAUCUUUGUUGAGAAGUACGAUCCAACAAUAGAAGACAGUUAUAGAAAGCAAGUUGAAGUUGAUGGCUGUCAAUGCAUGUUGGAAAUACUCGACACAGCUGGAACAGAACAAUUCACAGCCAUGCGCGAUCUGUAUAUGAAAAAUGGUCAGGGAUUUCUCCUGGUUUACUCCAUCACCGCUCAGUCAACAUUCAAUGAUCUGCAGGAUCUACGUGAACAGAUUCUCAGGGUGAAGGACACAGAUGAGGUGCCAAUGAUUCUGGUUGGCAACAAGUGUGAUUUAGAAGACGAGCGUGUGGUUGGCAAGGACCAAGGACAGAACUUGGCUCGCAGCUUUAACUGUGGCCACCUGGAAACAUCGGCUAAAGCAAAGAUUAAUGUGAAGGAGAUAUUUUCUGACCUUGUUCGGAGCAUCAACAAGAAAAGUCCCCAGCAAAAGCCAAAGAAAAAGAAGAAGGGUGGCUGUACACUACUUUAAGUUAUUAAGAUAGAUAACUACAUCAUUGUGAGAACACAGUUCUGGUAUUUGAGAAUUACUUUCACCAGUUUGGGGACUUUAUCUGAAGAAAACAUUCUGAUACCGACACAUUAAGUCUGGGCUUCAUGCUGAAGGACCAACAAACAAAAAACGACAUUAACUCUUGUCAUUCUUGGUUAAGCUGCUAGUAUCUUUACCGUUUUAUAUUUCGGUUGAGGGUAGCAGAUUCAUCGUAUGCAUGCACGUCACCUUAGAGUUGUCCCCCUCAGGGCAUUAGUAAUGGAUACACUUCUUUGCCACCUCUAGUUAACAUCCUUGAUAUCACUUCAGUAUAUUAAAAGUGACAGAAAAAUUUAAAUGUUCAUAUUUGACACGUGUCUGGUUUUGCCAGGAUUUUAUUUAUGUUCACACGCGACUGUCGGCUCAAAGGUCAAGGUCACGUUACUGUCCACUUGUGUGAAAGUUGCAUCUGUAAAUUACAUCAACUAGGUGCUGGAUUGUUCCCAUGUUUUCUCAGUCUUCUGCAUCACCUUGAUAGGCUUCUGCUCUCGCAUCUCAACUGAUCAUGGGUCAAGGUCACAUCAGUUAUUUUGUACGUUUUAAGUUAAAGGCACAGAACACUCAAAAUUAAUUGUGCUUGUAGCCAACUUUUGGAUAGUUGCACUUGUGAUAUUUAGGUGGUUUUUUUAAAUUCCAUCCUUUACUUGAAACAUGACUUGAAAUUUAAAUUGAUACCUUUUUUAUGGUUUCAGAAUUUUGUAAUAUAUGAGUUUUUUUUAAAAAGAUUUAAAAGAGCCUUCACUGUCUAAAUAAGAACAUUUUAAGUUAUGCUGAAGGCAUUUGUAUUCUAAAAAUAAAUGUUAUAUUUCUGUUGUGUAUUAUUACAUUUUUUAAAAGUUGAUUUGCCUGUUUUUGUCCCGAUUUUUCAUUUAACAACAAUUUUAACAUAAUUAUAUAUUUGCCAAACAUACAGGUAAAUUUAUUUUGUGGUAAAACAAAAAUGCAAUUCUAAGUUUUUAUGUGCCGGUAAUUUCUUAAUUGUGGAUGAGAAUACUGGAAGAACUAAUGCUAAAUAUCAUCUAAAGACUUCCGACACAUACCCGUCCCCAAUAAACAAGUGUAUGUACAUCUUUGACCCUGUUGGCAUACAUAUUCAUUGUUAAUCAAUGUCCCCAACAAUAUUUCUACAUAACAUCUUGGAAAGCAGCACUCUUCAUCCCACCCUCAAUAACCUUGGUAACAUCAUAUCCUGGACAGUACUCUGUUGAUCAUCAAAGCAACCAGUAUAUUUCUGCCUUCACUGCUAUCCCCUACCUCCACCAUACAGCUAUACAUGCAAAGUUAACAAAAUCUAUCCUUCCUCCAUGUAUUCAAACUUUAAGUAUGGUCCUGUACAUGUUGAACAAGUUCAUAGACAUUUUGGUGGAGGGGUGUUCUUUAAUAUGUGGUGCAAUACUAAAUUUUAUUAUACACAUUUAUAAUAAAAUGGUACAUUAGCAAAGAUCGUUAACAGUUCUUCAAUCCUGAUCUGUUUGUUUUGGAUUUUAAAAAAACUAAAAACAAUUUUAAUCUGAAAUCUCUGCUAAGGAUGUCAUUUCCGAAUGGAUGAGGGUUGUGUUCGUUAAUUGGGUACAUUGAACAGGCUUUUUGUUUGCUGUAUACACUGUAUUUGUAAACAUGAGAUUUUUGCUCAUGCCAUUCUACCAAGGAAAGAUGUUUUUUCCAAUCCCCCCUUACUCCUCCCUCCCACAUUUGUCUUCCCUACCAGAAAUGAAUAUUCUCUCACCCUUGUUACAUCAUUGAAAAAAUGUUUAGCAUUUGUUUCAUGUAAUGGUUCUAAUGAAGAUAUGUCUGUCCUUCAUAGUCUUUUGAAUGUCCCUCUAAAAAUGUAAGUAAUAUUGAAAACCCACAUCACCAUGGUAGUUGAUGAGAUGAGAAAUAUAUUGUACAUGUAUUUUGAUUCAAAACAAAAGUCCCUCAUUGCUUAAAUGUGUAUGAUGUUAACAUGGGGAAAAUGUUAGGCUUAUUUUAUUCCAUUAAUAAAUUUCUUUUGUGGCUUUGUAUUGGUGUGGAAGUAUUAUAUUUUUCAUUAUUUAGGAACUGUUUCAGAAAUAUAACAUUGAGAGAGGGCGUGUAUUUUAAAAUAAUGCUUUACAGCCAUCUACAAAAAUAGAUUUGCUAAUAGCUCCCAUCAUGCAUGACUAACAAUGAUUUAAUGUCCAUGACAGGACAUCAUAAUACCAUUGGUUUGAUUUUUACACAGUAAAUAAGAGGAUAUUUUAAUGUAAUUUAACUUGAAUUUAACAACAUUGUCAUUUUACAAUUUUAAACAUAAAAUUGUACUAAAUAAAUGAUACUGUAAAUACAUGUAUUUAAAAACAAAAACUAAACAAAAAAUCUUAUCACCGUUUUGUGAAACGUGUGUGUGUGUGUGUGUGUGUGUGUAAGAAAAUGGCUUAUAGAAUAUUUUGCUAGGCAAUGUUUUGAAUGCAAUAGUUUGUACAUACAAGUAGAUAUAUUUAGUGUGUAUGACUUGACAAGCACCAUUCCACUUUGGAAAGUGCAGCUUGAAGAAAACGGAGUUGAUGGUUUGCUUGCAGUAGGCAUGCUUUUGUCAAAACUGGUGAGUUGAACCAAAUAAGACCUAGUAUAUAGCUAAAACAUUUUGGAAGGUGGAAUGUGUGUUAAAGUGCAAAUUAAUCUUGUACAGCAUACACAGAAUGCAUUUUUAAAAUCUAAAAAUAUCUUAGCAAUAUAAAUAAGUACAGCUGACAACUCAGUUCACUAUUUGGAUGACAAAAUAAAUUUGCAUUUAUUUUAAAUAGAUUUAAUUGUUUUAUUUUAUAUUUCAUGGGUAUUAAUGUGUUGUAACUAUUCAUGAAAAUAAUAUUUUAGAAAAGGAAGAGUACAUUUGUUACCAAUAAAAAAAAAAGAAAAAAAAGUAAUUCUAUUGCAUUCUGAUUGAGUUUAUGUAUGUAGCAUUUUUAUUAUAUUUUGUUUUGUAAGCAGCAGUGGCGUAGCGUGGGUUGCCAGUGCCCAGGGCAAGGCAAGUAUUGCGUCCCCUAACCAGUGGACAGUUUGCACUCCCUGAGUCUUCCACCAGUCCAGAAUUUUGCACCCAGGGCAACCGCCCCGGUAGUCCCGACCACACUACGCCACUGGUAAUGAGGCAAAUUAUAUAAAUAUGUUAACACAACUUCACCAAUGAUUGAUGUUGUAAAUAAGCAUCUGCUCACUUUCUUCAAUAAUAUAUAUAUUUCUUUUUAAAUCAUGGUAUUUCCAAAUAAUUUUCAGUAAAAUGGGACAGGACACUGUAGAAAAAUGAAAAAAGAUUUAUUUAAAAAAAAAUUCUUUACUACACAAAUGCUUCACAUUUUUGUCUCUGAAUCUUUCAUUUUAUUUCAGUAUUCAUAGACCUUUAAGGCAUAUGCGAAUUAUAACCUUUCAUUAGAUGUUGUUUUGGUGACAUUAUCACUUGUAAUACUCCAGUAUUCACUCUCUGUGCUAUUAGUGAUACAUCACCGUAUAUCUGUUCCUUUAAGAUUCAAUGUAGAGAUAAUUUUGAUCAUAUUAGUAUUUUAUACAAUGUACUCUUGUUAAAUUUGCAUUGGACAUUAUUUAAAUCCUCCUCAUAUGAAUCAUAUUAAGUUCUUAUUAGAUUCUUAUGUAUUUAUAAUUGAAAUGUAUAUCUCACUGUAGUUUUCAGUUCGUUAGGUUAGAAUUAGUGAUUACGUUCUAGUGUAUGAUUUGUAAAAAUGUUUAUUUUAUAUUUUGUCCACUGUAUCUAACACAUUAGUAUAUUGAUAUUUAUUUUCAUAAUAUGAUCACAUACUUAACAAACAAAAAUGGGCCAAAUUAAAAUUGACAGUAGCUAAAAUUAAAUAAUUUGUUCGCCAUCUUUUAUACCACAAAUGUAAGUAAUCAGUUUCAAAAAGAUUCUCAACUACAAAUUGUUGGUAAAAUAUUAAAUAAGAUAAAAGUCAAGUUUAUGUGUAAGAUAAAGCCAAUAUAAUUUUGUCAUAAUUAAAUACUAUCUUAUGAUUUGUGACAAAGUAAAACAGGGUAACACAUCAAAAUUUUAAUGGGCUCUAUUUACUGUGUGUGUACUAGAAUGUGAAUUUCUUGCUUUAAAAAACCCUCAAGAAACAAACAGUUUUGUCUUCUUUUUUUUUUACCUAGUAAAUUUGAAUGUCAAGACCAGGGUUUUUUGGGGGUUUUUUUAAACUACACACAAAACCUACUUGAAAUAGUUUUUUCUUUUAAAGCUAUAUAGUUUUAACAAAGUUUUGUUUUUGAAAUAGAUCAUGCAAGUUUUUAAAAAGAAGCUGCUAUGUUGUUGACUGUACUUAAGUAUUUAUUGGCAACUUGUAUAUUAUUCAAUAUUUUACAUUUUCAGGGUGGGUGUAUUUAAAUGCACUUAAAACAAAAUCCCAUCUUUCCAAGUAACGGGUGUGCAGUCUUGACACGUAGUCAGUACCAAAGCAUUUCGGAAUCUGUAAUCAUUUUGCUUAGUUUGGUUACCGGAGAAUGGGAGAAUGGGUGCCACGGGCAUGUGAUAACAAGGAAAAGUCGAUGAUUUUUUUUUUUUUUUUUUUUUUUUUUUUUUACACACUGGCUUUUUGUGAAAACUAUACCAUUACUGUAGAAUUGCUGACUGAUCUUAUUUGGACUGCAAACACUUGAGACUUAGGAGAUGGCAUGUCUUAUUGUCACAGCUUUGCUUGUACAUGUAUUUACCUUUUACUAUAUCGCUCAUCUAGGUCAUUAUUUUUAUGAAUAAAACUUUAAUCAUUCUUA